GCAAACGGAGAAAGUAGCACAGCUUCCCCGCGGCAAAGGAAAUUUGUUUGUCGUUCAUUCAUCUGUCAACACACGUUGAUCAAAACAAACACGAGAACCCUCUGAAGUCAAACGUCAAACGAAGAAACGAACGAAAGAAGCUGGACUCCUGCAAAUUGAUUACUGUGCUGCAUCUAUUCCUUUGAUAGGCGAAGGAGAAGUUGUUAUAUAUAUAUAUUUCUUUUCUGUUCAUACUGACUGCAGAGGUGUGCUAGUCAAAGUCAUCAUCGUGCGUGUGUCUGAGCGUGUGUUUUUAGUUGUUACCUUCCGAUAGAGGAGAAAAAAUGGGGAACGGCGCUUCGAGCGAUAGCAGGGCCGGGACAGAGCGGGCCGCGUCCCGGCCGCACUCCGCGGCUGCUGGUGCGCCCCGCAAGCAGCGCGUCCUCGCCAACCAAGCUCCACGUCGCAGCACCAACAGCUUCCGCUCCCCGGCCGCCAUCAAGGAAGCAGACGUGUCGCGUGGAAGUGCGGCGCACAGCACGGCAGCGAAGUCGAUGGCCCUGCAGCAUGCCGCCGUGCAGCGCCGUGCAGAGGUGAACCCGAAGGAGGAGGACGCUAUCCGUGCGUUCACUCGCAACGCCGAUCCCAAGUCACUGCGUGUGUUGCAGCUGAUCCAGCAGGCGGAUGCGGUGCCACCGAGCAACCCAGCAGAGAAGCUGCGGCUUCUACGCCAGUGCUACCCGCUCUUAGAGGAGGUGCCGAAGGAGCGCUUUGAUCAGCUUGCCGUCACCGUCUACCAGCAGGAGGGCGACAUCUACUACCAGCAGAUGAACAUCCCCAACGCAAAGGACACCUUUAGCCGCGCCAUCACCCUGGCCGAGAAGCGCGUGGCGCGGCAGGACACGGACAUGUAUAUGGUUUUGAAGCGGUACGUGCUGGCGAUGAUCGGGAUGGCGCGCAUCUGGUACGACCACGAGCGCGACCACCAGGGAUUCAAGUUUGUUGAUCGCAAGAACCCGAAGAUACCGGCGGUAGACCCGGCAGAUUCCGACGACGGCAGCUCGUCCCUCAGCUCGCUGGAGAGCAGUCUGUCCUCCGACGGCGGCAGCGUCUUCAGCCUCAACGAGGCGAUCAUGCGCUCCAUGGCCCCUCGCCCCCCUCGCCGGCAGACCGGGCCGCUCUUCAAGCGGCUGAAGGUAAAGGCCCCCCACAUGCUGAAGAACGCGCAGUUCGACCGCGAGGACGAGUUCGUCCUCCACAGCCGCAUGACGCGCGAGCUGGUCGCCUCGCCGUGCGAGCUGCUGCUGCUGCGGUGCUGCGAGGUGGUCCAGAUCGGCCAUAACGCCCAGUCGGAGCUGCUCAUCCCGCCUCUGAUUGAGCUGGCGCAGAUCUACGAGGACCUGGAGCUCUACAGCCGGGCCCUGCUGCUCGUCCGUCGCUGCCUGGGCAUCCUGUGCAGCGUCUACGACUACGACCAUCCGUGGGUCGUGCAGCUCAUGCAGCGCGCGGAUCGACUGAAGGCGCUGCUCGAGGAGCAGCUGCGCAACGACAGCGCGACCAAGAUACAGGCGACGUGGAAGAUGCACAAGGCGAUGGAGGCGUUGGCCGACGCGCUCGGGCACCCGGUGAAGCGACACCUAUGGAUCCCCCGCAAGUACCGCGCCACGCCCGAACUCGACUACCUUGGCGACUUCGUCGGGGACAUGCCGGACGACGGCCUCCUCGGCGACGACAGCGUGGAGCCGGAGGCGGAUCUGCAGGACCCGCGUACGUGGGCGAUGGUGCCGCAGACGGCGCCGGUGCCGGAGGUGUCGCUCAGCAGCGACCGCGCACGCCCUGUUCCGUCCUACGAAGGUGGAGAGUUGCAACGGCCCUCCCCCGCAGCGCUCGAGUACUACGCCCCGGUCGAGCACCACGAGGACGGCGAGACGUUUACGGCGAUGGUGCCGAACGCGAGCGUGGUGGGGACGACGCAGGACACGCAGACCGACACGGAGGUGCGGCACACCGAGCUGGGGGAUGUGCUGACGCUGCGCACGACAACGGUGACCAAGACGAUCACCGCAGAAGUGGCUCGCAGCGAUGAUGACGAAGGAGAGGAAGAAGAAGAUUACGAAGACGGUGACAGCCCCCGCGAGGUGCCUCCACCACAGCAGCAACGGCGGCAGCCACCACAGCCGGUGCAACCAACGCCCUCGCCGCCCCCACACGACAGCCCGUACUACAACUACGGCAGCAAUGUUGAUCCAGCGCCACAGGAGGACGAAUACGACGAUGAGUAUCCCGUAGAGGAGGAGCCGGAGUACACGUCGAGAGCGGCCCCACCGCCACCACAGCAGCAGGCGCGUCAGCCAAUGCCGCCCCCGUCACCCAACGCCGAAAUGCAGAGACGGCGCGACUCCCCGCCGCCGCAGCGGCAGCAGCCGCGUCACGACGCCGCCGUCGCUGCGCACCGACCCACUCCAAAAUCCUCGCCGCCGCCACCGAAGCAGCAGCGGCAGGCGAAACAGACACAGGUGCAGUCGCGUGCACACGCCACCAGCACCCAGACGCGCACGACACCGCCGCUGCCGGUCACCGCCGGUCUGCCGGCGCCGGCGCCGCAACCGCGUCGUACCUCUGCUGGCACGCAGUACGACGUGGAAUCAAACCCGGGCAGCGAACUUCGUCCCCCUGAGCCGCCGUGGCAGGAGCAACAGCCGGCGCGUGAACGUGCACUGCCAGCGCGGCAGUCAGUCCGCUCACCCUACGACGACGAGAUCCCUUCGUUGGCGGUGCAGAGAGGGGCGCGACCUCCGCCGAGCGACGACGACGACGGUGAUGAUGACAAGGAAGGAGUCAGUGCACCUCCCCCGCCGCGGCAGCCGCCCUUGCAGCCUUACAGCCCGGCGGUGAUGCACAACGCGAAACGAGAACCACUCCGCUACCUCGUGGAGCCGAGUGAGGCGUACCCGCUCGACGUGAACGGCGCCCCGGCCUUCCUGCCACCGCUGCCGUACCGCGCCGGCUUGGGGCCGAGUGGGGUGCCGCUGGCGCCGUACCCAGAGAGGGGUGCGCUGGUGGCGCGUGUCCCGAGUCGCGGCGAGGCACCGCGCAGUGACGGGGCCCUCCAGCUCUACAACCCCCGCAACGGCGACCCAAAUGCGCAGCCCGGCAUGCCGAUGACGCUGCCCUCCCCGGCAAACGGCUACCCGCGACACACGCAGCUCGCACCGCCGCUGCCGCCACCGCCGCUGCGGAAGGUGACGCGGGAUCACAAGAUCAUCAAGACCCGUAUCGUGCGCACGUACCGGCGUGGUCCUGCGACGGACAGCGAGGACGGCACGCAGGCAGACGAAGAGGAGGUGGACGGCGACGAGCGCGUCUUUCAACACGAGAGUGGCAGCAGCUGGGAGACGAGCGGCAGCGUCAGCUGGGCGGCGACGCGCAGCAGCCGCAGCGAGGAAUCGGGGAGCGCGGGGGUGCCAGCAGACGCGGCGUCUUCCGCCGCAACGUCGCCGCGGCAGCACCACAGUCACACACGUGAGCGGAAACCCUCCUCGUCCGCGCAUCCGAAGAUGGUGAUCAAGCGGCCGAAAGGAACCGGCGCGGAGUCGGCGCGCGACGAGGACGGCAACAACAUGGCUCCCAAGCACCACAGUACGGAGACCGCAGCAAAAACGAAGAGGCCGCCGGAAGGCGGGGACGAUGAUAGCGCGAUGAAGCCGGAGGUGAUCAACGCCUCGGUGCAGCACCACGUCAAGCACAAACGUCGCUCCACGACGACGACGACGGUGCGCCACCUCGACGACUCCACCGAGAUGUAA